AUGGCGAUGGUUAUGGAGAACCAACAUCCGGUGGCGCCGAUGCAGCUGGUCACGGUGCCAACCUUGCCGCCGCCGCCGCCGCCACCACCACCACCACCAUUUCCCCCGUACACGUACAAGCAUCACUGUAAGGUGUGCAAAAAGGGGUACAUGUGCGGCCGCGCGCUGGGCGGGCACAUGAGGGCGCACGGCGUCAACGACGACGGGCUUAGCGCUGACGACGCGCUCGAUGACGACUCGGGCCCGUGCGGUGCCGGCGCGGGGGACUCUUCCGAGGCGGGGAGCGCGUCCACGACGACGAAACGCAUGUACGCGCUCCGCGCCAACCCGGUCCGGCAAAAGAACUGCCGGGUGUGCGAGAACUGCGGGAAGGAGUUCACGUCAUGGAAUUCGUUGCUCGAUCACGGCAGGUGCAACAACGAGGAGGGAGACGACAUGCUGGACGGCUCGAGGCGGUCGUCGCCUCUGCGCGAUGACGACGAUGAUGGCGAGGGGGAUGACCUAGCGCUGGCAGCCGGUUGGUCGAAGGGGAAACGCACGCGCCGCGCCAAGGUGAUGGUAGUCGGGAACGGUUCGAUGACCGAAGUGCAGUCCCCCUCGAGCGAGGAGGAGGACCUCGCCAACUGCCUCGUCAUGCUCUCCUCGUCGCGCGUCGCGCAGCCACCAGUCGUCGUCGACGCCGACCAGGAGUCGUGCGCGUCGGCGAGCAAGGACGAGGAGAGGAAUCGGCUCCUCGUGCCGCAGCCGAUCUCCAUGGUGGCCCCUGCGGUGCCGCAGCUGAAGCUACUGGCGCCGCCACAGGUGGUGCCGCAGUUUGUCUCCACCGUGCCGCGCGGCCUGUUCGAGUGCAAGGCGUGCAAGAAGGUGUUCACCUCGCACCAGGCUCUAGGCGGGCACCGUGCCAGCCACAAAAAGGUAAAGGGGUGUUUCGCUGCCAAGUUCGAGAGCAACCACAGCGAGCCCCCACAACACGUCGCAGCCGCUCCCCAUGACAAUGUCAAGGCCGUCGCCGACGCCAUCGCGGACAUCAGUACCGACCCAAAUACUGCCAGUGUCGAUGCCAAUGCGGACGGUAACACGAUAAAAACUGGCACCACCGUGGUUGUCAUGGCCACCACAGCGCCGGAAAUGGCCAUAGUCGACGAGGCGCCGGGACCGGCCGCCGUUUCACCAUUCAAGAAGAAGGGGAAGGUGCACGAGUGCUCCAUCUGCCACCGCGUGUUCAUGUCAGGGCAAGCGCUUGGCGGCCACAAGCGAUGCCACUGGCUCACGACCGCCUCCGGGGACCCUACCAGCACGAUCGCCAAGCUCCAGCCCUUCGUUGCCCAAGAUCACGUCAUGAGCGCCAUGUGCCAGCAGCUCAACCUCGGGCGCCCGAUGCUCGACAGGUCUGACCCCAUCCUUGACCUCAACGUGCCAACGAAUCCGUCGGCAGAGCAGGUCGCCACGAGACAAGCAGCCGAGCUCAACGACGGCGCGCUGUGCCUCAACGCACCGGCGUCGCUGUACAUGCAGUCCUGGACAGGGCAGAGCAACGCGAGCAACGUCAACAGGACCGCGACGAGCAGCCGCAACGACGCGGCGGGCGCCGCGGCCACUGAGGACGAAGCGGACAGCACGAACGCCAAGAGAGCCAAGAUCAGCGACCUCAAGGACUUGAACGUGGCCGGGGAGACCUCUUGGCUGCAAGUCGGCAUUGGCCUUCCAUCCGAGAGCAAAGAGAAGAAUAUUCAAGAAUGA